AUGAAUGAAGAGUAUUAUAAAUUUUACUUUGAGAAAAAGAAACCUAAAAAACCAGAAAAAUCAGAUAAUACUACAGAAGAAAUUAAAGAACAAGAGAACUUAGGUAAUACUACAGAAGAAAUUAAAAAAUCAGAGAACUUAGGUAAUACUACAGAAGAAAUUAAAAAAUCAGAGAACUUAGGUAAUACUACAGAAGAAAUUAAAAAAUCAGAGAACUUAGACGACAACUCAAACAAUAGCAAUUUAAAAGAAAUUCAAUAA